AUGGCAUCAUGCUUUAUUUGUUUAGUUGGUGUAAAUUCUUUUAAAAGUCUUAUCAGGCAUAUAAAAUUAUUUCAUUCUUUUGAGAAUAUAAUAGAGUACAAAUGUAUAGAACCAUCAUGCGGAAGAAGUUAUAACUCUUUUGAUUCUUUUAGUAGACAUUUGUUAACUCAUACUUUAGUGAACCAAGAGUCUUCUAGCAAUUUACAUAUAGAACCAACACAGAUUGAUGAUAUUUUGAAUCAACAAUCUAAUGAACAACUAGAAAUAAGUUCUUGUAGUAACAUAUCUAUUAAGGCAUUCAAGAAUCUAGUUACUGAGGAUGGAAUAAUGCUUAUAUCAAAAUGGUAUAAUGAAGCGGUUGUACCUAGGAACAAAGUGCAAAUUCUUAUAAAUGACUUAAAUGGAUUUAAUGAUAAGUGUAUGCAAAUUCUAAAAAAAGAAGUAUUAGAUAAUUUAAAAAAAAAUAAUUCUGAUGAAAAUUCAAUUAGUAAAAUAUCAGUUAUGUUCGAUGUUAUUAAUGAUCCGUUUACAUACCAUUUUUAA